AAUCAUUUUUAAGCUAACUAAAAAAACAUAAUAAUCGCUAGUACGAAGUACGAAAAAUGAUUGUAAUAUUUUACCUCAGCAAUAUUUAAAGUUAAGAAUGAAUGUGUUAAAAAAAGCAGAGAAGUCAUUAGAAUAUUUAAAAAAUUAUGAAGGAUUGUCCAAAGGGCAUGAACUGCAAGCAGUUGCAGGAACAUUGGGUCGAUGCCUUGGAGCUCUUGGUACACGGCCCAAUUAUGCAAGGCAUUAUUCUAACUUGUUGAGCUCAGCCAUACCAAUAUUACUUAAGUUGUCAAGCCAUGAAAGUGCUGAAGUAAGGUUGGUAGGAGAUGAAGCUUUAAACAGAAUAGUUGUAGGCGGUUUUGCCUUCAAUUCAUACAAAACAAAUGCAAUAUUUCUGAAUCAAAUUGAUGUCACAAAAAAUGCAAGAUGGAUAAGAGCAACAUUAUCCCGUAUUUGCCUGAGGGACUGUUGGUUAAGGCCUGGCAUUGGAAAGAUCAGGUCACAGGCCCAAAGUUUAUUCCCGAAACUGAGUCAAAUUGUCCGGCAGACCAAUGAGGUGCCCCUUAUUAUUGGAGCUUUGGAAAAUAAUCUGCCAAGGAUACUGAAGGCUUUGGCUGAAUACACAACAGACGAAGAAAUUUCUGAGCUUACAAAGGCACUGUUAUCGCAUAUAGAAGUGACAGAGGCAUCAAUUCGACGCGGCAUUGGGACAUGCAUAGCUCAUCUCGUGUCACAUAGAGAACCAUUGCUGACAAAUAUAUUAGAGAAAGUAUUUGAAAAUCUUUGGCCAUCGGAAAGGAACGAUGCAAUUGUCAUUGGCUGGUUUUGCGUGAUUAAAGCUAUACUACAAAUCAACGAUUUCGAGAAGCUGUACGAGAAUGAUCUUUUCUCUGUGCAAGAUUAUUUGGAGAUAUACCAGCUGUGCAUCCACUACAUAGAGACCACAGAGCAGCACAAUAUACAGAAUGCUGUGCUGGAGUGUCUGUCAGUCCUUCUCUCUCGAGCCACUAACUACCACCGGAGAGGGCUGCUGGACAAACACCCAAGUGCUGUGUGUUUGGAUAGCAGGAAGGGCAAGGGGCAUCGUAGGAAUUUUAGUUAUUCGAGCGCCGUAUCCUGUCGUACCAUUAAUAGCAUUGGCUUAGAGUGGCGCGAACCAGAGCUGGCUUUAAGCGGUGCGCUACAGCUGGGCAGCGUUCAGCGGCUGAAUGAGAGUCCUCUCGUCGAUGAUCUAGAUAUACAGACGCCAGAUUCACAGAAUAGUGAUAAUGGAUUACAAUUGGACACUGAACAACUGGCGAAAGAAGUGAGCCAGAGGUUACAAGAGUACGAAGAUGUUGUCGAUGACGCUGACCAGGAUGUUGUCGCGAAAGAUGUUGAUUUUAAGAUAAACAUCGGAUCGUGCACAGACGACGAUGUCAUACUCAAGUACUGCGCCCGACUUAUCGUGUCUAAGUUCCUCCUCGCCGGGUGUAAAGGUUCUGUUAUCUCUGACAGAUCGGUGCGCGUGUCAGUGAAAGCCAGUGCGCUGUCCUGUCUGUCUUUCAUCCUGCAGAUGUAUCCACAAGCGUUAACGAUAUAUUUGGACAAGGAAGCAGAUAAUAAGCUGAACCUUUCUGGUUCAUCGGAAGGCACCGAAUCCAACCGCGACAAUAUACACGAAUACAUCUUAGAACGCAACGUGUGCUACCAAGACUCGAUUACAGAAUCCCUCUGCCAAGACUUAUUAAAAAGCUGUCACGGCCUACUCAUAAACAAAAAAGACUCAAAAUCACUCGAGAAAUCGCUAGACAGCGAACUCAAAAGCUCGAAGGACGUCCCGAGCAAUAUUCUCGAUAGCAAAUCGAUUGCAGACAGCAACAUGACAAAUAGUAACUUUACUGCGUACACUGAUGAGCAGGGAUGUCCCAUGUCGAUUAGCGGGGACGUUAGUAUCGAUUUGGACAUGAAAUUCGAUCAUUUUGGCGAAUCGAAUGACGGUAAGAAAGAGAGGGUAGAUGUGAAAGUGAUUGACGAGGUCGAAGAUAGUCAGCACAUGAGUGAUCUGUUGCUGUUUGAGGGACAUAAUGACCCUCAAGUGAGAGGGCUGGUGCGUGUGUGUCUUGCGAAUUAUUUGAUUGGUGCGUUGGAUUCGGCGCACGGGGAUUACAGUCGAUGGAGGUAUUAUAGUUUGCUGCCGAAGGAAGAGGCUUCGGUGAUAGCUGUCGAGAAACUUGUGGAUGUUUUAUUGAAGGGCUUAUCAGACGAGAUCCACUCGGCGGUGAACCACACGCUCUCCGCGUUGACACAGCUUCUACGAACGCUGAGCUACAGCGUACAUUGGAACCUUCUAGAAGAUAUCUUGAACGCUCUAGUUGCUGUUGAGAAGAACAAGUACUGGUUGUGCCGUGUCAACUUGAUUAAGCUUUACGAGAAGCUGCCGUUUCAAAGAUUGUUCAUGCUGAGCAGAGAAUACUUGAGAAGAAGCAGCCAAGUGAUGUCAACUCUGUACAGUCUGCUCGCCGACCAGGACCAGAAGGUCAGGGCAGCCGCAGCGCUCGCCAUCACCAAUAUCAUCCCAGUUAUUUUCCCGCCACCGAGAUCGUCACCAAUAACUAUGCUGGCUGAAACAGCCGCGCAGACAAGUGACGUGUUCUCGUUCAACGACGACAAGUUGUCCGUGGAGCUAGUGAGGGACAUGUUCUUCUACCACGACCUGCCGGAACAGAUGACGCGCGGAGAUGUGCUGCGGGAGUCUGAUAAUCUGUUGCUGAUCGUUGGUGAGCUCGUGGGCAACAUUAUGGCUUCCAAAUGUGAAUACUUAACGCAAGGUUCACUAGAAGCCCUCCAAGCAGUGUGCCGCAGGUGGUCACCUUGGAAGCACCCGGCUGCGUACAGCACUCAGGGGAUCCUCUCUUACUGCCUGUCAAGUCUGGAGUGCUGCAACACUAGUGUCGUUGUCCGGACCACUCUGUUGGAUCUAUGCCACAUGGUCUAUCCGGUUGAAAUUAAAAACAUAAUGCAGAGCAAAAAGAAUCGGGAUAUGUUUGACGCCGAUUUGAGUGAGCCGCGAGAGAAAUGGCAUCACUUAGAGAGCGAGACAGUCGCAUCGCUGGCCGAGAAGUUUCAACAGGUGACGCUAAAGAUGCUCAAUUUGCUCGUGCAUCUGAUAGAGGAAAUCAACCCUAAUGUACAUCUGAAUACGAGCGGGAUUCCAAUACCAGGGAGCUCGGAGUGGUGGAAGACACAUGAUUCGACGUCUCGAGAUGCUGAUGAUAAAAUACCGAAGAAGAAGUUGAACGAACCGGGCAACAGUCUGUUGCGUGCUAACUACGUAGGCCAUUUCUAUACAGAGCCCAUAUAUAUGAAGCUGUAUGACAAUUUGAGAGCUACGUACUCUAAUUAUAAGAUUAAUCUGGAAUCAAAAAGCAGCAUAUUUUAUGGAUUCCUAUCAACGGUUUUGAAUUCCCUCGCGAUACAAUUGGAGCUGUCAACAGAAAGAGAAUUCGGACCGAUUACAGAAGAAAUACUCUACUACUUAAAAACUAUAAUGCCACUAUGUCCAGACAAGACUGUGUAUUCGGUCACACAGUUACUAAAAUGUCUGUUCGGUACGAAUAUGAUAAAUCAAUAUGCAGAUUAUAUGAGUAUAGAUCGAGGAACAAUUAGACACACUGAGAAGGAUUUUUUUAAUGAUGUGAUGUUGGUAAAUUGCUUUGAGCAUGUCAUUGAGGAUACGCGGAUGAUCAAGGAGAGAGAUUACCUGAUGGCCAUGGAGAGCUUCCAGAAGAACAGGUCGGAUCGGAAGUGGAGUAAUAAUAAAAGGGAGUUGGAACGAUAUAUAAGGCUUUUUGAGCCCGUUGUGAUACAGUCCUUGAAUACAUAUACAUUACAAAACGAUACGGCUCUUCAGUGCGAAGUGCUGAAGCUGCUGUGCCAGCUGCUAGCACUGCGGGUCAACUACUGCAUGCUGGACAGCGACCAGGUGUUCAUUGGGUUCCUGAUUAAGCAGCUCGACCUUGUGGAGCAGCAUGAAAUCCCCAACUGCUGUGGCCUUGUGAACAGUAUCAUGUUGUUUUUGGUACAACUCUCCACCUCUAAACAUCACACGAAGCAGAUUAUUGAAAUACCAAAGCUCAUCCAACUAUGCGAUGGCUUAAUGGCAUCGGGAGCCUUGGAUGAGUGUAUAGCGGGUUUGGAGCCCGUCGCGAUCAAGGUGUUCAGCAGUAUGGGAGGUGUUAGCGUUCUGGGCAGGGCACAGCAACAAGAGUUGCAGGCCACACGCGAAGUUCUCUUCUACAUGCUGCAGAAAACUAUGCAUCAAGCUAAGGUUCAGGAGUUGGUUUCGUGCGUGCUGACUCUGUCUCAAGAGCACCCGGAGAGCUAUUACCGCUGGUCAGAGCUGGCGUGCGACACACUGCUCAACCUGCUCAGCGAGCGCUCCAUUGAAUGCGACAGUGCUGACGGGCUCGGCGUGAGAGCGCUCGAGUCGCUACUCGACUGUGUGUAUCGCGACGUGUUGCUCGAGCAGUGCCGGAUUGAGCUGAUAUUAAAGAUAUUGUUUAAGGCGCCGCCUGAACAGGUAUCAACACCACGGAAACAGAAGCUGCGAUACCUCAUCAUCAUAAUGGUACUACUGCGAAAAGUUCUGAUAUUAAUACCAGAGAGUGAGAUACUUCUGUCAAUAAACGAGCUAAAAGCGACCGCCAUCGCGCCGCAGACGAUAUUCUUCAACGUGAAGACGAACGUGGAUCCUCUCAACGUGCAAAGCGUUAAUGAGAACUGCGCCAACCUGUCGCCAGAUGUCGUGCUUGUGAGGUUUCUGUUCAAAACAUUGACGUACGCUAUCGGCGAAAUGGACAGUGGGAGUUUCGACUUUGAUGCUAACAGAGAUAGGGGUCCAGAUAGCUUGUUGUAUGCUGUGUGCGUUAAUAUCAUCGUGCAAGUGAAGCAUAUGUUGCAUUUGACCAAUGGCUGUCACUUCCCGCUGACGGCUAAAACAGCGCAGACGAUUCUCCACAACGAGCAGAGCGGCCUCAACACGGGGCUGUACGCGCCUGAAGAGAACAUCCCGCUCGACCGGCUCAACCUCGUGUGUCUCACGCAUGCGCACCGGCUGCCACUAAUCACCGCGCACUGGUCGCAUCUCCUCAUCAGGAUGAAUUUCCUCUCCCACAAAUAUUGGCAGAAACUGAUAGGGUUCUCUCGCAACCUACCGCUCAGCGGAGACAGCAGCGACACAACCCUACUGCGAGUGGAUCUACUGCAAACCGCUUGCGUUAUGGCUUACUGCGAGUACUUUGUUGAUAAUGGGCUGACGGAGGUCAUCCACCUGACGUGGCUGUUGGCGAAUCGUGUCCAUAUCCUCGUGUCGCAGUACGGCCUGAAGGUGGUCCAGCAAGUGAUCAGCAAGGUGCAGCAGAUGAGCGGUUCAUCAGCGCUUUUGCUGCACGCUAUUGCAGCUAGAUGUCAGACCUAUCUUAAGGAUGAGUUCGCGCUGAACGCAUACAAAAUACUGUCGCUGUGUCACGAGAGCCAGUCGGGUGCGCUGGUGUUCUUCGUGUGCCGCGUCGUGGGGAAGUUGGAGCCGUCUGUCGCCUGCAAGUUUGUGAAUCUAGCGAUGGACAGGUGCGAAAUGUUGCGAGAGCUUCCCGCGGAUAAGAUAAACUCGCAGCUGACGAAAGAAGAUGUUCAGGUCGCCUUGGAGAUGUUGCAGAGGGAGAAUGUUCACAUGCGGUACCCGAAAUUGGUAGUGGAAGUCAACAGUCUUGCGAUAUCCGCCUUCGACCUAUCGCCUCUAGACCUCACAGCAGACAGGCUCGUGUCCCCCCAACACGUCAUCACUACCAAAGUGGACGACCACUGGCGGAUCACUCAACUCAAAACAAGAUGCUGCCAACACAACAUUAGAAUACCGAAAGUACCAAAACACAGUGACCUCGCUCAACUUCUUUCAAAGUUGUCACUCGAGGAACUGACUACAGUGAUGUCGUGUCCAGAAUUCGACAGAAAAAUUAUUAACAAAUGCUUCAAUGUGGCAUGCGAACAUUUUACAAAAGAAUUCUUUAAUGUUCUGUCCGUACACGAAACGAAAGAGAACGAACGACAGUUUAUAAAAGAUCAGAGAGAGAUGUGUAGACUCAAAGAUGAAAUGACGUCAUCGGAUCAUAAAAUAAAUGUCGUUAAUAUACACGUAUUCAAAAAGAGCGAUAGCAAAGAAUCUAAAUCACAAUUCUUCAUUCCAAUUAACAAUGAUGUUAAAGAAAAUUUUGGAAAUUUAAAAAUUUGCGAGGAAGAUUGUGAAAUUGUUGUUCCAGAAUUGCCGAAAUUGUAUAUAGCCAGUGUUUCGAAUUUGGACAGAUAUUUGGCCGAAAUUCUCAAGUUGUUCCCGAAACAAAAUCGGCCGCUGAGCCAAUCGGAUAACUUCAAUCUCAACACGGCUACUCUUGACAGAUAUACAAGGAAAUGUCAUCAAGUAUUUCAAGAUAAAUUAUUCUAUCAAGAAUUCCUGACUCUACAAACAAUUUUGACCGGAUUUUUGACAUCACUUGAUAGAAUCAUCACCCUUAUUGAUGAAACUGAUUGCGAAUUACUUGAAAAGAAUAUUGAGAACUUAAUGCCUGGAAAACUGGCGAAGAAUUUAGCGAAUUUCAGCGUUAUGUCUCUACAAUACUUGUCUUUUUUGAUUAAAAACAAGAAAUUGGUGGAAUCGCCUAUAAAUGUGGAGGUUUCGUUCAGAGUUUCUAACGGACCCAUAGAGAAUGUGUCUAUAGACCACGUGAUGGGCUUGACCAUAGACAACGUUGAGAAAGCGUUGAAAAUAGACGAAAUAUUGCGCGAAUUGAAUGUUGAAAGUAAUUUAAAUAGAGUACAGUCGGCUGUUUGUUGUUUAUUCGCCGUUGUUAAGUAUCUAGUUAAGGACACAAAACCAAUUGUAGCAAAAUCGUACAUAAACUCGAAAGACGAAUCGCCCAAACUUGACAUUAUGAUAACUGGCGAUAAGUUAAUUAGUCUCAUAGAAUAUUGGGAGAUUAAUUUCUAUGUAAACAGAUGUAACGUGCUAUCGAAGAGGUACAGGAAAUCUAUCGAGGGUCUGAUAGUAAGUUUGUCAAGGUUGGAAGUGUUCAGUAAUAUAGCGUUGAUACCGCCCAUAGCAUGGUCAUGCGUUGACGUCAAUUUCAAGAAGGAGCAAAAGGAUCAUAUGCAGAGGAUAGACUUGCCGCUGCAGGCUUUACAAGAUAUGGACGUAUUGGAACCCUUUCUGUUCAGAGUAAACCUUAUUGGUUGGUCGUCUAAAAAGCAAUUCGAGGAAAUAUGGGUGGGGCUAUUAGGGGCACUACAGGGAAAUGGGCCGCAUUGGGCGAUUCGAGGCAUAAGUCAACUCUUGAUCAGCACUGCCCCAAGAGUUAGGGGCAAAGGACUCCUGCAUGUGCCGAGGAGAUAUUUACCCCUUAGUGAUGGAAUGCAACGCCUACGUACAUUACUAGUCGGUACGUCCGCGUGGCGUAUGUUCGACGAUAUCAACUUGGAACACAUCCCGUUUGUGAACGAAGGAAUCACCGGCUACCAGUACGAUCAGUUCAGUACCGAGUACCUCAAAUACUCUGCGGAGGUGGUGGAGGACGCGCAUUACCGCGUGCGCAGGGAAGUGCGGCGCGUGCGCAGCUGUCGAGAGAUCGACGUGAACAGCUGUCUGCAGCUCGUUAUGGACAUGCUCGAGGCGCCCACAGGGCUGGCGGCCCGUGUAGCCCUGCUGUCAGGUAUCUCCAUCAUCAGCUCCGUGUUCACGAGCGUCUCCCACUGGGCUCGCGCCGGAACCCAGCUGAUGGCAGCUUCGCACGCAACCACGGCGCAUUGGCCCCACGCGACCACCGCAGCGUUACACGCGCUGGCCAAGUGUCUGCCGGUGCUGCAGGCGUGCGAUGGCGAAGGCUUACAGGAUCUAUCAUCAGUGCACGAGAAACUCCUGAAGUCACUGUCAUCGAGCUACGCGCCGCUUCGUCAGGCUGCACUACGAGGCUGGCUGUUACAGUUGUCCACGAAGAUGUCUCCAAACUCUUCAGCGACCUUGAGACAAAUUGUCAUUCAGCAACUGAGUGGGAACAAGAGGAUAUCGUUGUAUGAACAAUGUCUGUUCUGGACGGUUCUGUUCACAAUGCUGGAGAUGGAAGCGUCUUCGGAGCUGGCCAGUGUCGCUGUCACCGCUCUGCUGAAUAGACCUGGAGACUACUGCGCUGAUGUCGUGCAAGAGGGCAUAAAGUCUAUUCUCCGGCAGCAAAUACUGCCGAAAGACCUGAAGAAGAACAUAAUAGAGAAACUACUCGAGAAUAUGAGCCAAUAUUCAGAAAAUCACGCGAUUCAGAUACUGAUGGUGCAUUUGUUUUCAGCUGACAAUAAACUGUUAAGCCCCAAACUCACACCGGACGUGUCAAAUAUGGACCCAGACGUACUCAUGAACUCAAUGGAGCGACUCACAUUGCUCUACAAGACCCUCCGGCUCACGAAGUCCGCCGAAAAUAAACGAAUAGUCACGAACGCGAUCAAGUACUUCCUGCGAGAGACUCUACCUCCGACGGCGACGCUGAGUCGAGUUGUCAUCGAGUACGUAGAGAGUAUCAGAGAGUGUGAGAAGUUGGAAGGCGGGGCGUGUGAGCGAGACAGGUAUAUCGAGAACGCCGUUUGCAACUGUGAAGUUGUUUUUGAGGUAUUCGAAACAUCUAUUAGUCAAGAUCAACUACAAGUCCUUACCGGUUGGAUAUUCGAAGCGCUCUGUCAUUUACUAACAGGAAUCUCGCCAAAAAUCCUCCCAUACUGCGUGCUAACGUUACUGGUCUCAUCCAGUUCGAACCGGUACAUACGGUCGUUACAACCGCUGGCACAAAACAUAUUCCGGUUCGGUCUAGUCUCCAGUCUGUGCGGUGACAGUGUAAUGUCGUUCCCUGACAGAAGGCUGCUGUGUGUCGUCGCCUUACAUUCAGGGUUCACGACGGCUCAGUUAGUUCGUUUGAAAGAGUUGUGUGGGGGUAAUGAGUGUCUCGCUGAGCUUUUGAAUUGUUUGAAUGAGGCGUGAUUUUAAUUGAGUAUUUUUGCUCCUUUGCACAGGAUGUGGGCUAGAUUAACGGUACCACAACGGCGCCUGUUUCUGCCGUGAAGCAGUAAUGUGUAAGCAUUACUGUGUUUCGGUCUGAAGGGCGCCGUAGCUAGUAGAAUUACUGGGCAAAUGAGACUUAACAUCUUAUGUCUCAAGGUGACAAGGGAAGAGCCGCUCAGAAUUUUUGGGUUUCUCAAGAAUCCUGAUCGGCACUGCAUUGUAAUGGGCAGGACGUAUCAAGUACCAUCACCUGAACGUCCUGCUCGUCUCGUCCCUUAUUGUCUUAAAAAAAUAUGGAAAGUCUUAUGAGUCAGGUUACGAUGAAACUACGAAAUUAAAACAAAUAAGCCACAACUGUGGUUUUGAACAAGCAUACCAAAAUUAGUAAAUCAUACGUCAUUUAAGUCAACUAAGCUAACGUCAGCUUAUUUCAGCUGUAUUAACGAAUGACGAAUGAUAAUUUUGACAAAUUUGACUGCAGAUAAUAUGUUGCGUAGUGCCGUAAAGAUAACUCAUUAAAGAUAAAGAUGGGUGUGGGGUUAGGCGAGUAAAAGAUAACGGAUCGCUGGCUGUGUGUGUGGCAAAGGCCUUAGAAAUAAGGUGAAUUUUAAUUUAAUGUGCAUACACCAUCGACUUAUGAAAAGCCCCGGUAUCCACCAAAGCGGAGAGGAGCGGAGACGAGAGGAGAUAAGAGGAGAUAAGACGUGAAGCUGUCAGGUUAUUUUCACCAAAGUGGAGAGGAGAUGUGAGGUGUGAGAAAUUGAAAUCAGUCACGUGAUGUCUAGAUCAAAUAAAGCUUUCGGGUGUGCGAGGCAACCUGGCCGCCCGCGUAUACGCAUCUCCGAUCUUGGUCGCUAAAAAAAAAAAAAAAAAAUAAUAAAAAAUGAGACAUCUCGAUCUCCUCUCCGCUGGAUAAAUUUCCACGGAAGCAAAGGGAGAGAUGUGGAAACAAUGAAAUCUGAUUGGUUAUCAAAAUACAUCUCCUCUCCUCUCCGCUUUGGUGAAUACUGGGUCUAAGACCUAAGUCCCAAUCACGCUCAAAGAGUGUCCGAAACAAAGUCUGCUCAACACGUUUAGUGAGCAGAGAGCCGAAGCCGUUCUAAUGCGAGCGAUAUUGCACUCUAACUAUUAAGAUAUAGAGUCUUAAAUAUGGUGGACCUUUCUUGUUAUGGAAUGAUAAUUUAUUUGGGAUUAUAGGGUACGUUCCUAGGUGACAAAAAUAAGGAACAAAUUUAUAAAAUAUAUAAAAUAAAUCAAUUUUAUUAAAGUAAUUGACCAUACUGAUUUAUUAUUAUGUAUAUUUAGGCUAAGUUAAUGGUUGAAAAAAUUGUGUAAUAUUUUCUUGCUUGGCCGUUUUUAAAGUUCUUCAAUGGGUUGUAAUUGGGUUUAUUUUACUUUUGUCUAUUUGACGACGCGUUUACAAAGGAUAUUGGGUUGGAUACAUAUUGGAAUCCUUUUUAGGGUGCCGUAGCCAAAUGGCAAAAAACGGAAACCUUAUGGAUUCGUCGUGUCGGUCUGUCUGUCCGUCCGUAUGUCACAGACACUUUUUUCUUGUCUAAACUUAGUUAGUAGAUGUAUUCUGUGAACCGCAUUAACAUUUUCACACAAAAAAUUAAAAAAAAACAUAAUAAAUUUUUGUGCUUCCCCAUACUUAGAACCGAAACUCAAAAUUUCUUUUCAUCAAACCCAUACGUGUGGGGUAUCAAUGGAUAGGUCUUCAAAAACAUAUUGAGGUCGCAUUUAAAUCCGCAAAAAGUAUAAAGGCGAAUGUAGAAGCUUUUUACUGUAUGACGUUAGCUAUACUUGUAUGCAACUAUUUUCGGACACUUUUUGAUCGCGAUUUUUAGCUAUUUUAUAUCUAGUUAGUACCUAUUGUUAAUCAAGGGAAUACACGUAGUUAUUACUAGUCUCCGAAGAUAAAGUUGUGAAGUAGUUUUAUAUUUAAUAUUGGUAAAGGAUUAUAAUUGCAUUAUUGAUGACAUGACGUUCGUACCUAUAAUAUUCUAACGUAUCUGUUAUUUAUUUAUAUAUAUCAGAGAUUUCCACGUAUAUAGUCAGUCAUCACGAUAUCUCUGGAACCAUUAGAGCUAAAGACUUGAAAAUUGGUAGGAAUAUUCCUUUCAUCGACUAGAGGUCAGCUAAGAACGGAUUUUCCAAAAUUCCAUCCGAAAGAGUUUUUUUUUAUGAACAGAUUAAUGUCUGUCGGGUCAGGUAGUAUCUAUAUAUAGUUUCUGUAUCAGGGGAGUGUUUCAAUAAAUUAUUUUAUUUUAAUUACAUGUAGCUAGGUUCGUCGCUAAAUUUAUUGUAAUUUUUGAUAAUCCUACUUAAUAGUUAAGUAUAAGUAUUAAGCAAAUAUUAUUAUUUUUGUAGUAUAAUGUAGUUUUGAAUCACGACGUAAAUCAAUUACCUUAUGUUUGCAAUAUACAUAUAUAAGUUAAAUCUUAAAUCCCUCAGGGCUAUAUUUUAGUGGGACACCAUGGUGGCACAACCAGUCGCCGCUUCCAACAAAAUUACUCACCUGGUGUCCGUUUGGUUGCAAUCAAUCUGGUGGCGCGAUCAGCUCGGUGUCUGUAUGGUGUCUAGAUUGGUAGCUUACGGACACCAUGGUGGCCCGGGCGGGUUGCGCUACCGUGCUGUCGUGAAAUACAGCCCUUACAGUGCUUUCGAUGUAUCUAUAAGUCAAAGUCAAAGUCAAAAAAUCUUUAUUCACUGUAAAACUUUAUAAGUUAUUAAGUGCAAGUCAGGAUGAAGUACAAUAGUUACAAUAGCAUUCAAAUGAGUAUAACAAUAUUCAUUAACAAAAUUUAGAACAUUAAUUCCAACUAUAUCAUUCAAAUAAUCUUUCACAUUAUAAUAGGCCUUAGAUGUUAAUUUAUUUUUUACGAUACAUUUAAAUGUUUUAAUAGGUAAUAUUUUAAUUUCAUUUGGGAGCUUAUCUAUACUAAUAUUAUAAAGCUGCAGUGUUUGUUUGUUUGUUUGUUUGAACGCGCUAAUCUCUGGUACUACUGGUCCGAUUUGAAUGAUUCUUUCAGUGUUGGGUAGUCCAUUUAUCGAGAAAGGCUAUAGGCUAUGUUUUUUUUUCAAAAUUAGGGAUCCUUAGGGAAUUAGGGAAAUUGCUAUUUUGUAACACAAGGUGUAUAAUCGAAAACCUAUUUUUGCGUGCGCUGCAAAAACUAUUGACAAUAGAACAAAAUGAUGUACAGGCUAUAAUAAAGACAAUAUUUUAUUACUUAUAAAACUAUCGCGUGAAUUAUACUUUAUAUGGCAAAACAACGUUUGCCGGGUCAGCUAGUUAUAAAAUAUAACACAAUCCACUUUAAAAGAUUUAGCAAUUUUACGGAGCCUAGUAGAUGGAAUUGCGAGUUUAUGUUUGUUUCGAGUAUAUAUAUAUAAGCUGAAUAGCUGGCUUAACAUUGAUUGUGUAAACUAAGUCAUAAGAAGAAGCGCUCCUAAACUAUUUUAUGAGCGUGAGCUUGCGCAUUAUAUUCAUUUUUAUUAUUUAUUUGUCAUAGACAUACCUUACGCUAGUAAAUGUGUUAGUAUCAAUGAUAACAAAAUAUAAAGGGCUUUCCAAUAAGGACUUGAUAACUUUUUUUCAAAAUAAAAUGAAUACCAUUUGAGAUAUUACUAAAACUUUAUUAUCGGGUUGAAGUACAUUGAAAACAUUUAUGAAUGAAACUCGUCUUCGCUCAUAUGGCCACCGCGGGCACGAUUGCAUCGGUCGAUUCGUUGGACCCACAUCACACAACUAAUAUGUAGACUCAAACUUUUUCACUGCCUGUCUACUAGGGCGAGAAUUUCGACCGAAAUUCGGAGUUAAAGCUCUUAAAGAAGCGGCCAUUUAUGUAGUAUUUUUUUAGAUUUGCAGACGUUGUUCGUUCGUGUACUUCACCAUGAUGAAAAGGUUAUGUCUACUAAAUAAACUGACAGUGACAGUUCGAUGUUAAGUGAAAAGGUACGUUCACAAACUAAAUUCAAAAUUGUCCCUAUUGGAAAACCCCGUACUUAUAUGUCUAGAGUUAAUUGAUGUUAUGAAUGAAGAUGACAUCCACAGGACGCUCGAGUAGAGACUGACAGAAUGCUUUGAACUUAGAUUAAGGAUUGGUCUCCGCUGCGCUCCAGCUGAAUACCACAGGCGUAGUCGCAAAGUGCGGCAACUAAUACUACGCCCAAGUGGGCGUAGCCAGUCUCGGACAAUGUGUGACGUUGUCGUUCCACAUUCUGUGUUAAACUUUGCUAAUAAUUAAAACUAAAAUUCCGGGUAGUUAAAUUAAAUAUAAUACUAAAAGAAAUAAGAAAGACACUGGGAUCACAUAUGAUCAUAUACUUUAUUUAUUUCAAUUUAAAAUGACACGAAUGUGCAAUGAAAAAAUGUUGCAAAAUUUGAAAGAUGCCAUUGAGUGUCAAGAUGCCACGCACACAAGCAUCUAAUAGUUACCUUAAUAAAAAAGCUAUUAUUCUUAGUGCGGUAUCUAGUUGGAGCGAAGCGGAGACCAAUCCUUAAUCUAAGGCUUUGAAUUAUUUGAUGAUUAAUGAUACGUUAAUAUUAUGGUAUAAUAAUGUACUCUGCCUGAUAUUAUCUUCCAACGAUGGCCUUAGACUACUUUACGAUAUAUUAUGUGAUACUGACAGAUCGCCAUUUCAUCACUAUUGUCAUGUCGCUUAUAUCUACGACCCAUAUAGCUGAAUGGUUAGUGACCCUGACUACUAAGCUAGAGAUCCCGGGUUGGAAUCCCGGUAGCUGCAAUCAUUUGUAUGAUGAAUAUGGAUGUUUGUUUCCGAGCCAUAGAUGUUUAUAUGUAUUUAUGUAUGUUUAAGUAAGUAUAUUGUAUUCAAUAUAUCGUUGUCUUGUACCCAUAGUACAGGCUUUGCCUAGUUUAGGGCAAGAUAAUUUGUGUAAAAGUGUGUCAAUCUCAUAAAAAAUGUCAAUAUUAUAUAUAGCAAGUUAAUAGCGUUGUUUCACUCGAAAAUAGUUUGAGAACAGUCAACGCAACUGAUGACGUAUUCUUAGGCCAAUCACAGAGAAUAUCAGGCGGAGUAAAUUAUACCAUGGUCAAUCACGGACGAGUAAAAAAAGAAGGACUCCGCGCCGUGAUAUUAACAAGUGAAGCACCGUUAUGCUAGUGUGUGUUCGGUUACGGGGGUUACUAGUUACACUAUUUAAUCUCCCUUAAAUAAUCAUAUUUGGCCACAAAUACAUAAAUAAACGGCAUUUUUUGAAUAUUUUAUUGAGACGCAAAGUGACCUGUCACAGACGAUGAGAAAUAUCAUAAUAGCUGCCUAUCGGCCUGUAGUAGUGUAAGUGUGUGCGUGGGGCUAUGUAUUUACACGUUAAUCGGCUUGUUUUGGUGCUACACUGUUAUGUAAAGUGACACGGAGUCCUUAUUUUUUUACUAGUCCGUGUGGUCAAUAUAAUGUUUUAUGGGUUGCCAUUUUGGGAAGAAAUAUAUUUGAAAAGACAUGAGAUAGUCUACUAUCUCAUUUCGGAGAGAAUAAAUAUUACCUACGGAUUAAAAAAAGGUGUUAUAACAAUGUUUUGUUCUUCUCCAAAAACUUAUUAUAUUGAAUUUAUGUUUAUUAUGUGAAUGAUUCCGACUGUUUGGAAAAAUCUCGUGUUUUAUCUUUGACUUAGAAUGGUAUCGUAUUGAUGACCUGGGCAGCCCGAUAGGUCUUUUGUUUUUUGUAUCUGUGAUUGAAAUGCAUAACAAACUUAUCCUAAGAAUUACCUAUUAUUUUGGUCUCGGUUACAUUAAUUAGAAAAUUUUGAAGUUAGAAACGGCACGCUAACUAUUAAUAAAAUUAUACUAAUAAUAAUAAUAUGUAUAGAUUUGAAGAUUUAGCGAUUACGUAAUCAGUCGGAGACGCUCAGUUGCUAUGUGUCUAUUUGUCUCCCUCUGUCAUAUUAAGGUAUUGCAUUCGCACGGUGCCUUUAAUAGUUGGUGUUAUGUACCCCUAAGGGCCUAAAUAAAAUAGUAUUUUUUCACAAUUUCAUUGUGUUGACAGGCUUUUAAGCUAUAUUAUUUUUUAUCAUAUUGAUAAUAAUAUAACAACAGGUCUUUUUGCGGGAUUUUCUAAACCGUAUUAAUACUUAAUAAUAGAAGUCAAUUUUAAGUUUUUAUUUUACUAUAAUUUUACAAUAAAAUAUUAUCACUUAAUUAUAUUUAACAUAAAUGAGUAAUAAAUGUGUAUGCCCUUCGUUGUUGUGAUUGGUUGCAAAGAGGAUGUAAAUACUACGUAAUAAGAGGCGGUACUGCCUAAGUAAAAAUUAAAUUUAAUUAUAUUAGUUUAGUAUGAAACGUGCAAGUGAUUUGACAUAAGUUUGAAAUAUUAAUUACAAUAUGUCAACGAUGUUUAAUCCGGCUAAGUUUAAAAGCGAACAAUUGCUUAAAAUGUAGUGGAUUACGGGUAACUUUGUUUUUUACAACAUGUCUGUCAAUCUAUCAUCAAUGACUGCAUGUUUCAUACAAUCGAGUGAAUCGCUUUUUUUCUUAGAGAGUUUCGCUAGGAUGCUGUGUUGGGAAAUUGUAAUGACUUAUUAUAAUAUGCAUUCCGUUUCUGUCAUCUGCUAUGGGAAAGACAGAAAGCUACUGACGUAGUAAAUAAUAGUGUAAAGUGUAAAUGUAUUACGAUGCAACGCAUAUUUUAUUUAUAAUUAAUGAUUCUGCAAUAAAUUAUUUUUAUUU